GGGGACGUGUCUAACCUAAAAGAAAAACUUGUAUAUUUGUUAAAAAUUACAAAACUUUCUAUUAUCAAUAAUUUCCUUUCAAAUCACCCCAUAUCUAAUUAAUUCAAAUUAUUCCCCACAGUUUAGUGUAAAUCUUCAAAUAAAAUCCAUGAAUUAAGUAUUAUUGAAAAAAAUUGGGGCUUAGUCACUGUUCCCCAAGGACUUGUAGACUCUAGAAUGCAAUGCUUCCCAGAAGACGUCGCACGAAUUCAGAAACUGAAAAUUCUGUCGUUGUAAGGCCUCAGACAGACAAAUACGACAGAAUCAACAGUUCAUAUCCGAAUAAUGUGCCAGAAGAUUACUACUUAGAAGACCAUAUUGAAGAUAUCAAAGAGCCAGAUCCCAUUAUGACUGCCAGAGAUAGGACUAGUGAGUUUGUGAAUACUAUACAGACCUUACAGGGCAGGAAUAUCGCCAGAGCAGUUGCAGUCAGGGACCCCAAAAAAUCCAAAGUCAUCCAGAGUCACUCUGAGUUUAUGCUGAUAGCCAAAAAUGUUGGCAAAAAUAUCGCAAGCACUUAUGCUAAACUAGAAAAAUUAACUUUACUGGCAAAAAGAAAAUCCCUAUUUGACGACAAAACUGCAGAAAUUCAAGAGCUAACUUAUAUCAUCAAAAGUGACCUGAAUAGUUUGAACCAGCAAAUAGCCCAGCUGCAAAACGUCUCCAAAAGACAAAAACAGUCCACCAAUGGCAAACAUUUACAGUCGCACUCUAGCAACAUUGUUUUAGCUUUGCAAUCAAAACUGGCAACCAUGUCUACGGACUUCAAGCAAAUAUUGGAAGUUAGAACUGAAAAUUUGAGGCACCAAAAAAACAGGAGGGAUCAGUUUAGUCAAGGAGGCUUACCACCUCCCACCAAUGGACAAUCAAGUCUGUUGUUUCAAGAGCAAGACAGUCAAGUUAGUGUCAAUUUGGAAAAUCAACCAUUAAUACCUCGUCAAUCGCAGAGCCAAAUGCAGGCUGCCCUUAUGUACGAUGAAACGGACAAUUAUUUACAAAGCCGGGCUGAGACUAUGCAAAACAUUGAAUCUACUAUUGUGGAAUUGGGUGGUAUAUUUCAGCAAUUGGCUCAUAUGGUUAAAGAACAAGAAGAAAUGGUUGAAAGAAUAGAUACAAAUGUACAAGAUGCUGAACUAAACAUUGAAGCAGCCCACGCGCAAAUUUUAAAAUACUUCAAGUCGGUGUCUUCGAAUCGAUGGCUCAUGAUUAAAGUGUUUGGGGUGCUGAUAUUCUUUUUUAUAUUCUUUAUUGUAUUUUUAGCGUAAUAGACACAGAAUAUUUACUAAUGUUGCACUUGAUUGGUUAGUAUCUGGGACAAUUUAAUUAUUCACUGUAAACUACUGUGAUAAGGGAAUUUCUUCGAAAAGCAUAUAAACUUGUAAAUAUUUAUGUAUAAUAUAAAUAAACCAGUUUUAUUUUAAAAAGUU